AUGCCUCCACGACACCAAACACUUCCAGCAGCACAGACUGCGGCUGCGCGGGAAGCGCAAAAGUCUUUCUACUGUCAGCUCUGCUCCAAAGGCUAUUCGAGGAUGAACGACUAUGAAGCUCAUCUCGGCAGUUAUGACCAUAGUCACAAACAGCGCCUUAAGGAUAUGAAAGCCAUGGUUCGUGACCCCAAUGCUGGCUCACGUGCGCGUAAGGCAGAGGCCAAAGCGGAUGGUCUCAUUAGCAUCAAGCUCCCCGGCCAGGAAGCUGCUGCGAGUACAGGAGCCGGAGCCGGAGGGUUCAAGAAAGGCGGUUUUAAGAAGAGUGGCUUCAAGAGUGCUUUCACCAAAGUCGAAAGUAGCGGAUCGGGAUCAACACCAUCAAUCAUUGAGAACCCCAAGCCGACCAACGCGUUUGAGCCUGCUCCUAUCAACCCUGGUCUCCAGAAAAACCUCUCGCCAGAAAGCGACACUGAAGACGAAGGCUAUGAGGUUUACAAUCCGCGGUUUCCUACGAACUAG